ACGGCUGCCAUGGCCGCGCCCGGCUGUGUCCCCACGUGGUAGAAGGCGACGGGCCCGCGCGGCGGAGAGCAGCAGGCGGUGACGAUAAUCAUGAAGACAAAAAAAGGAAAUAAGUUUAAGACUUCCUUUAAAUUGAAACAAAAGGGUAUCAAAGUAGUAGGAACAUGGAAACCCAUAGAAAUUGACCCAAAUCUGUUUGCUGAAGAGCAGCUUGGAGAUUUAGUGUGUUUUGAGGAGCUUACAGAUUAUAAAUUGGUGAAUUCUUCCAAAAUUGGAAAAGAAAAAGGAAAGAAGAGAAAAUCUGAUAGUGUUUCUGAAGAAGGGGAAGAAGAUUCUACCAUCCAGGAAAAAAAGAGAAAGAAAUACAAAGAGCUGGGAACCAAAGCAAGUAAAAAUUAUAAGCUUAAAGUGGAGCAAGAUGUAAUUGAUCAAGAGGACAAGCCUAAAGACACCACCAAGUUGUUUGAUUAUGAGGAAGAUGAAUGUGAAUCAGGAGGCUCCACAACCACUGAAAAAACCUUGAAGAAAAAGAAAAAGAAAAAAGUGAAAAAGAAAGUGUUUCCACCUGAGAGAGCUCCUCUACCAGCAAAGUCUUCUAAAAAGGUUAAAAAUUGGACUACGGGAGUUCUGUCUGCCUCAUCUGAUCAAAAAGCAGACGUGUCUGCGUGGAAAGACCUCUUUGUUCCUAAACCGGUUCUGCAGGCCUUGAGCUAUCUAGGAUUUAAUGCUCCAACUCCUAUUCAAGCAUUAGCCCUGCCUUCUGCAAUCAGAGAUAAUAUGGAUGUUCUUGGUGCUGCAGAAACAGGAAGUGGGAAAACACUUGCAUUUGCAAUUCCAAUGAUCCACUCUGUGCUACAGUGGCAAGAAUCAAAAAGCAGAAGUGACAAUGCCACUGAAGAGCCUCUCUGUGAUGAUGAAGACAAACCAGGAUGGGAAAGUGAUAACGAAACAAACCCUAAGCACCUAAACCCUAAGCAGGAUGAAGAUAGUGGGGGUGAUGAUGAUGUAGAUGAAUCUUGCCCAAUAGGUUGUAUGAAGGUGCUGGAAAAUGUAGAAUUUGAUUUUGGUGCCAACAAACAUGCUGCUGACUUGAAUAAAAACAGGCCUCUUUUAGGGCUGGUGCUGACUCCCACAAGGGAACUAGCUGUACAAGUAAAACAUCAUAUUGAUGCCGUGGCCAAAUUUACAGGCAUUAAAACUGCAAUUCUGGUUGGUGGAAUGGCUGCUCAGAAACAGGAACGAGUAUUGAAUCAGAAGCCAGAAAUUGUAAUUGCAACCCCAGGUCGUCUAUGGGAGCUAAUUAAAGAGAAACACUCACAUCUCUCAAAUCUCCGGCAGCUCAGGUGCCUUGUGAUUGAUGAAGCAGACCGAAUGGUUGAAAGGGGACAUUUCUUAGAACUCUCUCAGUUGCUGGAAAUGUUAAACGAUUCACAAUAUAAUCCUCGACGUCAGACUUUCGUGUUUUCUGCCACGCUGACUUUGGUCCACCAGGCUCCCACAAGAGUUUUACAAAAGAAAUAUGCUAAAAAAAUAGACCAAAAGACCAAACUGGAAAUGCUCAUGGAAAAAGUGGGGAUAAGGGGCAAACCUAAAGUGAUAGACUUAACAAGAAAAGAGACCACUGUAGAGACUCUGACAGAAACCAGGAUCCACUGUGACAUGGAUGACAAAGACUAUUACCUCUAUUAUUUUUUGCUUCAGUACCCAGGAAGAACCAUGGUCUUUGCAAACAGUAUAGACUGCAUAAAACGCCUGAGUGCGCUCCUCACAAUCCUGGAUUGUAACCCCCUGCCUCUGCAUGCAAACAUGCACCAGAAGCAAAGGUUAAAAAACCUGGAAAGGUUUGCUGAGCGAGAGAACUGUGUCCUUUUGACAACAGAUGUUGCAGCUCGUGGUCUGGAUAUUCCUAACGUGCAGCAUGUCAUCCAUUACCAGGUUCCACGCACUUCUGAGAUUUAUGUGCACAGAAGCGGCAGAACAGCUCGAGCUGCCAACGAAGGCCUUAGCUUGCUGUUGAUCGGCCCUGAUGAUAUGAUAAAUUUUAGGAAGAUUUAUAAGACAUUGGAGAAAAAUGAAGAGCUUCCAUUCUUCCCAGUUGAAACAAAAUGCAUGUUUGCUAUCAAGGAGCGGGUGAAUUUAGCAAGGCAGAUUGAAAAGGUGGAAUAUUACAACAGCCGGGCAAAGCAGCACAACUCUUGGUUCCAGCAAGCUGCAGAGGCUCUUGAAAUUGAUCUUGAUGAUGAUGUCCUCAUAGGAGGACGAUCAAAUGAGCAAGAAGAGAGUCAGAAGCAAAAGAUGCUGAAGGGAAUGAAAAAACAGCUGAAACAUUUGCUAUCUCAAUCAGUAUUUAAAGUCCUUCUGAAGACCAAAUAUCCAACACAAUCUGGAAAACUGCCACUGCCUCAUUCACCGGUGAGCAAUUCAGAAUCAGCUCUGAGCACUGUAUCAAAACAGCAAGCAAAGAGGAGGAGGAAGAAAAAGAAGUUAAUUACAGAUGAAUUAGAUAAAUGAUCGGUAGCAUCAUGGGAUGUGGGAGAGAAGAGGGGCCAUUUUUUCCUUAGAACUGGAUUACAUUAAUGAGUGACUGCUUAUACAAUGAUGCAGAACAAAACACCUAGUACCAUGUGGGUGGACAUUCUAGACAAACAGCUCCUACACAGUGUUGAUUGUACUGGCAGGCUCUGGAAAAUUAAGAUGAAUGGCAUUGGUUACAUGAGAACUGUAGCUAGUUAAUGUCUUGACUGUCAAACCCUGUUUGGUGUAUUCUUAUUAACCUUUUCCUUUUAGCAUCUGUUGAAAGAUCAGCUUCGUAAGAAGUUUAACUCAGUCUUUACUUUCUUCAUGAACAAAGUUAUUGGGCUAAAUUCAUCCCAGGUAUAACACCAUUGACUUCAAUGAAUUUGGACUUUUACAUUUUAAAAGAGCAGGGAGAGACUAAGGAGGGUUCUUGCUCUACCUUUGCUAAAAUAGACCUGCUGUGAAGUUUGACCUUUGCAAGUGCCACUACAAUGAAAUAAGAAAAAAAACAUAUAUAUAGCCAUGUUGUCCAUAAACCAGCAGCUCUAGUUAACAGAAUUAAUCCCAGAUUUCCAUCUCCUUGGAGCUUUUCUAUGGAGAUUUAAUUUCUCAGUUCCCUCUGCUGGGUGUAAUUUCACUAGUCUCUGUUGAUGUGCUCUAUAUAAUGUGCUACUGAGUUGGAAUGGAAGUGCGCUGGAACCAGUCUUGUAAGAAUUCUAAUCCAGAUCUAGCUUUCUUAGGAAAAAUCUUUGCUACUCAUGAUUUGUUUAUUUGGUGUUCGAUCAGCUUGAAGAUGUGUCAGUAUCUGACCCUUUUUUGUGAAAACGAGAGCAUUUCAUGGAACAAAUGGGCACUGAAGUACACAUCAAUAAAACAAACUGCUUUCAAAUAACA